UUUACACGGUACAAGUACCUGUUGGUCGAAUUUUUUACGAUCGCUUGGUGCGCGCGCCGUCGUCUUUGACGUUGAACCGACAACCAGUCUAACAGCAUACAGGUUAAAGUACCAGUUUCACCGUCAAAUUACCAUUUGCAUAGUCACUAUCUCCUUGACGUUAUCACACUCUCCAUUGUCCCAACAUUUUUUAAUUGUUUAUGCUCCGAUUAUUACUAUUAUUACUAUUGUUGCGACCAACCGCCUCGUGUACUGCUACAAUACUAUCCAUUUACCAACGUAAUUAUACGCUUAUCUAUCCCGGUUGAAAAACGCGCAUUAUUUUUUUUUUCUUUCUUUUUUCAACGGUCUACGUAAUUGCACGCGCACCGCUACCCGUCCGUUACCGGUUUUUCCCUAGUCAAUUUUACUCGUUACGCGUCUAGAGCGAUAUUGCAACAUACAGUCUGCUGUAGAAAAAAAUCAUGACUGAAGUAAAUAAUCACGCUCACAGCAACGGCUUCGUGGUCAAAGACGCCGACUGUAAUGUGCCAUCCGAGACCCCGAAUGGUGAGACGUUCCUGUUCACUUCUGAGUCUGUUGGCGAAGGACAUCCGGACAAAAUGUGUGAUCAGAUUAGUGAUGCCAUUUUGGAUGCACAUUUGAAACAAGAUCCUAAUGCCAAAGUAGCUUGUGAAACUGUAACCAAAACUGGAUUCAUAUUACUCUGUGGAGAAAUAACAUCUAAAGCCAUUGUUGACUACCAAAUGGUAGUCAGAGACACUGUGAAACAUAUAGGCUAUGAUGAUUCAUCAAAAGGUUUUGAUUAUAAAACAUGUUCGGUGAUAUUAGCACUUGAUCAACAAUCACCAAAUAUUGCUGCUGGUGUACACAUCAAUAGGGCUACUGAGGAAAUUGGAGCUGGAGAUCAGGGUCUUAUGUUUGGAUAUGCUACUGAUGAAACUGAAGAAUGUAUGCCUUUAACUGUUGUAUUAGCUCACAAACUUAAUGAAAAAAUAGCUGAACUUCGAAGAAACCAAUUACUUUGGUGGGCACGUCCUGAUACAAAAACACAGGUUACAUGUGAAUACGGCUUGGUUGGUGGUGCUUGUAUUCCAUUAAGAGUUCAUACGGUUGUUAUAUCUGUUCAACAUUCUGAAGAAAUAACUCUAGAACACUUACGACUAGAAGUUAUGUCCAAAGUUGUGAAGAAAGUGAUACCACAAAAGUAUCUUGAUGAAAAAACAAUUUUCCACAUAAAUCCAUGUGGUCCUUUUGUGAUGGGUGGUCCACAAUGCGAUGCAGGUUUAACUGGUCGAAAGAUUAUUGUCGACACUUAUGGCGGUUGGGGAGCUCAUGGAGGUGGUGCAUUUUCGGGCAAGGAUUUCACUAAAGUUGAUAGAUCAGCUGCAUAUGCUGCACGUUGGGUUGCUAAAUCUCUUGUCAAGUCUGGCCAUUGUAAACGUUGUCUUGUUCAAGUAUCUUAUGCAAUUGGAGUUGCUGAGCCAAUAUCAAUUACACUUUUUCACUAUGGCACAUCUACUAAAACUCAGGAAGAGCUGUUAAAAAUCAUAAAUAAUAAUUUUGAUUUAAGACCUGGAAGAAUUGUCAAGGAUUUAGAUCUCAAAAACCCGAUUUAUCAAAAGACAAGCACUUAUGGACAUUUCGGCCGUGACAUUUUUCCAUGGGAAAACCCUAAGAUUUUGUUAUAGGUUGUGUAUGAUUUUUAACCAUAUGUUGUUACAUAACAUAUAUUAACGAAUUAUAUUUUAUCACUAGUUUUUGUAGUGUAAAAUAUAGUUAGAUCAAUAUAUGUUUGUUUUAAUAAGUUAAAUACAGUAAUGUAAAUAUUAUUGUAGUUAAUAUUAUUAAGUUAUGAAUUAUAUUUAAGAAGCUUACAUUUCGUCUU